AAAAACUCGAGAAUUCGAGAACGAAAGGGGAAACGAGAGGCAUCCUAGGAGUAACUUUAUAUCCGUCGUAUAUCCGCCAAUAUCAAUUGAUGCAUUCAGAUGUAUAUUUUUGGUUGUUUCUUCCUAUAUGCUGUGUUCAUUUUAAAUAAAUAAUUGACGAUAUAAAAUCCUAUUGACAACAGUAGUCACGAACCACCGAAAUGGUAGCCUACAUAAACAAGACGGGUCAUGGUUAAAUUUGACCGACGAUAUAGGCUAGCACUGCAGUCUUAUGCUGUGGAGGGGCGCAACUGGUUUAUUAGGCUAGCAAAGCUAAUGUACAGCAGGCCUAUUAAGAUCAUAACGAGCAGAAUAGUAGCCGACUUUGGUUCGGUGGUGCAACACAGAACUAGACUAGUUUUUGGAUCACUGGCGAAAACAGGGGAAUUUUGUAGACGGUAAAAACGAGAGAGGCUGCAAUGGGGCGGGCCAGGACGUUAUUAUGCGGACCGUAGCAAGUGCCUCUGCAUGGUUACUACUGGCUCUGGGGGAACUCUAUUUUGCUGUGGCUGUUUGAUCCUGGAUCAGCCAUUAGAGGGACUGGGUUAAUUAAUCAAUUUAACGGAACUGUCUGCAGCCUGUAGCUAUAAAAGAUCAGAGCAGUUCUGUCAAGUAACGUUGACGCUGUUAUUUAGCUGGCAAGUAACGCCUGAUUAUUUAAGAUAAUAUACGCUUAAAUUACGACAGCCACAAAAUGUCGGCACCUCCACUGAGAAGAGUAGCACUUUUUAUUUUAUUUUCACUGUGUUUAACAUUAACUCUAGGUUUCGGUCUCCCUGUUUUAUUAAAUUAUUUCGCCAUGUUAUGUGGACUUCCUGAAGCUAGCGUGGCGGAAUGCAUUGUGGGGGUGUAUUUAUUUUUUGUUGUUUAUAUCGCUAUGCCACCAAUUCCCAGGGGAUCUGUGAAGCCCGAGGGAAAGGCAGUGUUCAUUUCAGGCUGCGACACCGGAUUUGGAUUUGCGCUUGCAAAGUACCUCCAUAAACUGGGCUUCACAGUCUUUGCGGGAUGCUUUCUGAAGGAGAAAGGUGGAGACGGGGCCAAGGAGCUGGAGGAGCUGCACUCGGACAGGAUGAAGGUGGUGCAGUUGGACGUGUGCAGUGACGAUCAGGUCGCCCAGGCAGCCGAGUUUGUCAGGAGCAACCUGGAGUACCCUGAGAGAGGUCUGUGGGCCGUGGUGAACAAUGCAGGAGUGUCGACUUUUGGAGACGUGGAGUUCACCAGCAUGGAAACCUACAAGCAGGUUUCAGAGGUGAAUCUCUGGGGCACCAUCAGGGUGACUAAGGCCCUGCUGCCCCUUGUUCGUAAGGCCAAAGGUCGAGUGGUGAACGUGGCGAGCAUGUACGGCCGGAUGGGUAACGCCAUGCGUUCAUCAUACUGCGUCUCCAAAUACGGUGUGGAAGCCUUCUCCGACUGCCUCCGCUACGAAAUGAAGCCAUGGGAGGUAAAGGUGAUCUUGAUCGAGCCGGGGAACUUCGUCUCCGCCACGGGGAUCAUGAACCGGGACAGCGUGGCCGCCACGGCCGACAAGCUGUGGAGCGAGGCGACCCCCGGGGUCCAGGAGGACUACGGAAAGGUGAACUUCGAGCAGCGUGUGGCCGUGCUGCGGUCCUACUGCACCUGCGGCCCGAAGGACAUGUCGCCCGUCAUCAACGACAUCGCGGACGCCGUCCAGUCCCGUCGCCCCUUCGCCCGCUACAACCCCGCGGAUAUGCACUGGUGGAUAAGGGUGCAGGUUAUGACCCACCUGCCAGCCGCCAUUUCUGAUUGGCUGUACUUCUAAAUGUUCCAUUUCAAUUCUGCCAAUUCAGGAAGUGCACCGAAAUGAGAUUUCAAAUUGAAAAGUACGCGUACAAGCAUUUGGCAGACGCUCUUAUCCAGAGCGACGUACAACAAAGUGAAUGAGUAUAACUAGGGACAAUGUGCUCGAACAUUGUAGCCAUUUUUCAAAUUCAUAAAUUGAAUUUGAGUUCACUUCCUGAAUUUAAAUUCCAUUAACACCAACCAUCUAAAAAAACUCGUUGUUUUAUUUAUACGUAAUCCGGUAUUUUGAUUUGAUAAAACAUUGAAAACAAAUCCUACAUCAUGCCACUAGUUGUCAACACAUUCUGUUUAAAAUAUUGUAUAAUUGAAAAUGGUUUAGUAAUUUCCUUUGUUGUUUUCGGUGGUAAAUGGACACUUGUUUUUUCAAAAACUCAUCGACUGAUUUUGCAAUGCAUAGAAGUUGUGGUCGGUUGGCACAGUUACUGUAAACCACAGCAACACUAUGCUUUUCUCCUCUGUGCCUUUAUCAGGGUCUUUUAAGGGACCAACAUACUUGGCACAUGAUGGUUUUAAAUCAGUUUGAUGGCAUUGAGAUAAAAAGAGAAGUAAAUGGUUUCACACUGUUUAAUUCUGAAAAUAGUCUAUGCUGUCAUUUUAACAUGCUGUGAAGAGAAUUUAGCUGGCGCUGCUUUAAAAUUGGUAUUGUGCAUUUUCUUAUCAAAGGCAACUGAAAUGUGCACAGAAAAGGCUGAAUAUACUCAGGAGAAUGUUGAGAGUUUAUAUUUUUGUAGAAAUAUACAAGUUGUUGAUUUGAAAAACCUCCUUAAAUUAGAUUGUACUGACUCGGCUUUACUUGGAUUGUAGCCAGGAUUUGUCCAUUGUGGACUGUGUUUUGUUGGCUAUUUAGAAAUUAUUUGUGAAGAAUGACUUGACCGUUCAUAUAUAUUUUAAGGGAGAGGAAUAAAUCCUCCUUUACAGUUUAGUAUUAUAUUUCUAAACAUUUAAAACCUACAGUCUUGAUUAAAUGUGUGCUUGACUACUGUACUAUUCAUUAGAUUAAAUGGAAAAAAAGAAGCUUUUUGUGUAUCUAAAAUCAGCCACCGGAGGGCAGUAUUUAACAACCAUGUGUUUUUCAUGUACGUUGUAACCACUCAUCAAAUAUUUUGUUCAAGGAUUUGUCUGACCUUCACACUGCAAAUUAAUGAAUUUCAACAGGGGUUGAUUGUUGGUGCUAUGGUACCUUUUAAUUACCCCUAUCAUACUUAUCUGGUCUAUAUAUUUUUUGUGGAAUGUUUUGUCGAAUAUUUGAUGGUUUCCCCUAAGAUUCUCAUUUAUAAGUACAUGCUUAGUACUCAUCUGUGGAAACAUUUCAGAAUCUAUGAAAAUCUUUGUUUGAUUUUAAAAUAUUACACACCAGCAUUAACCAUACAUGAACAACAACUAAAAUUAAACUGUAUGUCUAACA